AUGCCUUCCGUGCCGCUUUUGCCGGAUCAGCAAGACAUUGCUGAAUUCAGUUAUACAAACGACAAGGUAAUCCUUCCCUCGGCAUCAACUCACAUCAGACUUCUCGAACUCUAUCCAUCGACACACGGAUUUGACGCCGCAUCCGCAUCCGCGUCCGGAGCACCCAGUAAUACAGACGAAGUUGAUUCUGACAACGCGUCGUCUCACUACUCGAACCCUCUCAAAUGCGCUCUCUCGACGACCCCGAUCGCCACGCCGCGGCUAUACAAAGCGCUGUCAUACACCUGGGGCACAUCGAGAGCAACUCACAGCAUUGACAUCGAGGGUGCGAGCUUGCUCAUCACGGCCUCGCUCGACACAGCGCUGCGACAUAUUCGUCGUAAAGAUGAGCCCGUCACGCUCUGGAUCGACCAGAUCUGCAUCAACCAGGAGGAUGGUGCGGAGAAGGGAAAUCAGGUGGCCCUCAUGACCCAGAUCUACACCAAAGCAGAACAGGUCAUCGUCUGGCUGGGUCCGGCAGAGAACAACUCUGAUGCCCUUAUGGAGUGUUUGCAAGAGAUUGGACAAGAGGCUGCUGACCUGAACAUCGAGAGCUACCUCACCAAGGAGCGACUGCCGCUGCUGCACAGGAUCAUGAGAAACGAGAACCCAGAAGACCCAGUGACUAUGCAAUAUCAGCCUCUAAUGGCCAAAGCCGUGGCCAAGUUCAGACCCCUCCUACACGAGAUGAUUGCCUGGAACGAGAGGGUGUGGUUCACUCGGGUCUGGAUCAUCCAAGAGCAAGCUCUCGGUUCCGACCCAUUCUUCCUCUGCGGGUAUAAGACAGUAAGACUGGACCUGAUUCCUCUCGCUACUCUCGUCUGGGACGGGUGCAUGUCAACGCUCAGCGUGCCGACUGAAACCAGCGAGUUCAGGCAGCUUCUGCUCAAGGCCCAACAACGACGUUUGAGUCCUUUGAUGUCCCUGAGACGUAGGCGCCGGAACUUCGUGAAGGGCAUAGGACCGGGAGAUGACUUCUAUUACGUAUUGAAGAAGGCGUACGUCGAUGGGGCCGCCCAAGUGACCAAUAUUCGAGAUAGAAUCUACGGUUUGCUCAGUAUUGCCAAUGACGCGGAUAAAUUAGGGAUUACGCCAGACUAUGUCACCGAGGAUAGCCGACCCACCUUCAUCGACGCAGCUCAUGCUCUCAUUCGUGUUGGCCGUCUGGAGAUGCUCUCAUUCUCGCAGUCCCCAAAGGACAUUGAAGGAUUACCAUCCUGGGUUCCGGACUGGAGGCCGACCCUAGAGCAUUCUUACUUGUACGCAUUCGAGGAUGCAGACAAGCGCAUUUUGCAGGCUUCAGGCGAGACCUCGACUGAGCUUGUGCCCACGGACAAUCGCGGCGUGCUCGGGAUUCGUGGUAUCCUCGUUGACACCAUCGAAACAACAGGUGACGCGUGGAGGUGGGAACAAGGCCAAGAGAGCCGCUACAAGCUUCUCCAGACUAUCAAAACCUUGUGUGAGGAGGCAGCUGCAAAGGGGUUUAGCCACGAGAUUUACGAAAAUAGUGACAGACAGGCGGAAGCCAUGUGGCGGGUGCCCGUGGCAGAUCUGUACUGGAACGAAGGGGCUGUCUACAGGUACCAACGACCCGAUCCAGCCGUCAGAAGCGACUACGAGGAUUGCAUGCAUUGCCACAAGAUGCUCUCCCUGACGUUCGAGGUCUUUCCCCCAGAGGAACGUCAGCAGCUUUUGGACGAGUUCAGCAGACGAAUUCCGGGGCAGUCUAAUUACAGUGAGAAUAUGGACAAAAUGACUGGGAAGCGCCCAUACAUGACGCAGAAGGGAUACGUGGGCAUGGGUCCGGGCGAGGCAUGCCCGGGCGAUGUGGUGGUGAUACUGUUCGGCUCUCGGAUCCCGUACGUCCUGAGACCGUCCGGAGACGGGACGAUGUACUGUUUCGUAGGAGAGGCAUAUUGCGAUGGAGUCAUGGACGGCGAGUUGUUGACUAAGCGGGAGAAGACGACGUUUCUGAUUGCUUGA